AUGGUUGAUAAAAAACAGGUUGAUCCGUUGAACUCUUUUAUUGCAGGUGCCCUUGCAGGUGCAGUGGAAGGUGCUAUCACUUAUCCAUUUGAAUUUGCCAAGACUAGGCUACAAUUGAGGGAUAAGAAUGCUAAAAGCUCGAAAAACCCAUUGGUACUCAUAUACAACACGGCUAGGACCCAAGGUGUAUCAGCGUUGUAUGUUGGAUGUCCUGCAUUUAUCGUUGGUAAUACUGCAAAAGCAGGUGUUAGGUUUCUCGGAUAUGGUGCAAUUCAGAAUCUAUUGAGAGACCCACAUACUGGACAAUUGAGCGGACCUAGAGGUGUUUUGGCAGGUUUAGGUGCGGGCUUGUUGGAAAGUGUUGUUGCGGUGACGCCUUUCGAAGCCAUAAAGACUGCAUUGAUAGAUGACAAACAAGCGGCUAAACCAAAGUAUCAUAGUAAUGGACGUGGAUUGUUUAUGAAUCAUGUGUAUUUGGCUCGUGAUAUGGGAUUCAAGGGGCUUUACAAUGGUAUUUUGCCAGUAUCUAUGAGGCAAGGUGCCAAUUCGGCGGUCAGACUAGGUUGUUAUAACAAGAUUAAAACAAUGGUACAAAACUACUCAAAUCUUCCAAAGGAUAAACCUUUAUCAUCAGGAUUGACAUUUUUAGUAGGUGCAUUUGCAGGGGUAGUUACAGUUUAUUCUACCAUGCCGAUCGAUACUGUAAAGACUAGAAUGCAGAGUUUGGAUGCUAAGAGAUACACCUCCACUUUGAAUUGUUUUGUACGUGUCUUCAAAGAUGAAGGUCUCAGGACAUUUUGGAAAGGCGCCACUCCAAGAUUAGGUAGAUUGAUGUUGAGUGGUGGUAUUGUAUUUACAGUUUACGAAAAAGUGUUGUACAUCUUAAGCUGA